UAGAACCAGCCUAUUUGAAAAAUAUAAAAGAGCUGAUAUGGAAGGAGAGAAUGAAUCAGAAAAAACGAAAAUAAACAACAUUUCGACGGUUGCGCAGAAAUCUACGGCCCAUGAAGAGAUUUUCAAUGUUCCUGAUGAUACUGCUUGUUUUAUUCAACAAAUAUUACCAGAUCAAUCAGCAGAGAUGAGAAUACUGGAGGAAGAAACUAACUACUUGUUGCAACCUGGAGAUGUGGUACUUGCCGAUCGAGGUUUCACCGUUCACGAUAUAGUUGAAGCAAAGCAAGCACAUUUGAAUAUUCCUCCAUUUUUGAAUGGACGCGAUCGUUUAACUCCACAAGAGGAGAUGUCACCAAAAAAAAUUGCAAAACAACGCAUAUAUGUUGAGCAUGUUAUUGGGCGUAUAAAAAAAUUCCGACUUCUUCAAACAGUUUUGCCGUUAAAUAUGCGUACUUUAAUGUCACAAAUUAUAUUUGUCUGUGCAUGUUUAGUUAAUUUUCAAACACCUUUAGUUUUCGAUGAAGAAGAGUAGGACCAUUAUAUCGUAAAAAAUAAA